GAAGGAUGACACCGCGGACAGCACGACGCGGUGACAGUGAAACGUCUCGCCCUGCACGGAUAUUGUCGUGUCCGUGUUCUUACCAUUUUCCAGCUGACACACGAGGCCUUGGCAUAGGUGGCGCUGGUGAACUUCUCUAUCAGCAUGUAACAACACCACAAGACUUUAAACUACAAUCUACUAUUGAACUAAAGACUAGUGAAGUAUUUCUGUUGCUGACACCAUGUCACAGAACAAUGACGGUAGAUCCAUACUGAUGGAACACUUGCGGACAGGUCUUCGUCGUUUCUAUGAUGACAGACGUUACACAGACACUGAAAUUAUAGUAGACAAUACAAGCUUUUUCUGUCAUCGAGUCAUUAUGGCUGCAGUGUCUCCUUAUUUUGAUGCCAUGUACUCAUCAGGAAUGAAAGAGAGUCAAGAUGGCAUAGUCAUGCUGCAAGAGGUUGACAGAGAAACGUUCAAGGCAGUGAUAGACUUUAUCUACUUUGACAAAAAGAUUUUGACUACUGAAAAUGUACAGGUGCUGCUUCAUGCUUCAGUUAUGCUUCAGAUCAGAUCCCUUCAGCUGCACUGUGAAGAAUUUCUCCUUGGUAAUGUAGAUGCAGAAAAUUGUCUUGCGAUGUGGAAGCUGGCCCAUGUCUACAAUUGUGAGUAUCUUAUUACGAGACUGCACCCGUUCGUUGCAUCCCACUUCCCAAAGAUUUGGCUCACAGACGACUUUCUUCAGUUGGAAAAACAAGAAGUCUUGGAGCUUAUUGAUAGCAAUGACCUAAAAACACCAAACGAAGAAAUGGUCUGUGAUGCUGUGUUUAAAUGGAUAACAAAAGACUUCCAGAACAGAAGCCAGUUUGUUGAUGAGCUGUUUGAACACCUACGGCUUCCCCUUGUUAGGGCAGAGUACCUCGUUGAAGUUCUAGAACAGCAUCCCUUUGUCAGAGAAAGUGAGAGAUGCCGCAAAGUGCUGGAGGAAGCUAAACGAUACCAUCUUCUCCCAGCAAGAAGAUCGGAAUUCAUAUCCCCUAGACUUACUUACAGAAAUUAUGGAGCCUACGAAGAAGUCAUUUGUUGUAUUGGAGGCAGUGGGAAUAUUAGUCGGACUUCUCGAGAGGUUAUCUGCUACAGCUGUCAGCAGCAAACGUGGUUCACUUUAUCAGCAAUGAUCUAUGACCCUGGCAUCGAAUUUGCCUCGUGUGCAUACGGCAACGCGAUAUUUGUGUCUGGUGGGUCGGGGAAACUCAAAGGUCUCAUGUAUUUCCAGAGCGUGCAGAAUAAAUGGUUUGCGUGUGAGACUCUACUCAUGGGUCGCAGGCGCCAUUCGAUGGUGGCAGUUGAGGACAGUCUGUAUGUCCUGGGCGGCUAUAACGACACGCUCACGGAAGAUGACAAAACCCUCGCCAGCAUAGAAGAAUUUAACAUAACCAUGGGACAGUGGCAGCUAGCAGGCUACUUAACCAUGCCCAUCAGAUCAGCAUCCGCGUCUGUUAUUAAAGGAAACGUCUUUGUUUUUGGCGGAAUUACUAUGAACGACGCAGAAGUACAGUCUGUCCAAUGUUUCAACAUCAGGAACAGAACUACGACCGUGGUCUGUAACCUGCCGUUUUCCUCCGGCUUGACGUCUUCUGUUGUGUUGAACAGGGAAGUGUACAUCAUCGUACCAGACGGAAAGAUCCUGUCCUACAACCAAGAGUCUGAAGUGGCAUACAAGUCGACUGUGCCAAAUUUCCACAGGUGUGGUUACGGCAUUGUUCAGCACGAAGGAAAGGUGUUCAUAUUGGGAGGAAUAGGCUCCAGUAAAACCUAUAACGAAAUACUGACCUUUGACCCUGCGAAUUCGUCCGUGGAAGAAUACGGCAGAACUCGUUUGCCGCACGAAUUGUUUGGAUUUGGUUGCGUAAAAACUGUGAUUAGCAAGUCAUUCCUUGUGAACUGACGUACACAUAUACUGUACAUACAAAUAUAUACCAGUGUGUGUGUGUGUGUGUGUGUGUGUGUGUGUGUGUGUGUGUGUGUGUCUGCGCGCGUGCAUGUGAUAUGAUUUUUUUUUUAAACAUGGACAUACUGAAAGGUGCAAGACGUAGAUUUAUAGUGGCAGUCUUCUUAGUCGUUUAUAGACUUGUCAUGACUCAACUGUUUUCAGUUAGUUUUUUUCUUGUACACCUUUAAAACAUUUGCCACGCGGCAAAGUAAUAUUGCAGUUUCAGCAGAGGAGAAUUUGAAUUCCGCACAAAUGGGUCUAAAUGAUCAACUUGCUGAACUUGUUAGGUCCUCUCCAUAAUACUAGUACAUAUAAUUUAAAAAAGCAGAGGUCGAAAUUGGCGAAAAUUCCUGCCGGAUUUUCGCUCCUGUAAGCUAUAAAUUCUGCCGGCCCGAAUCAAAACCUUCCGAACCAAACAUGUCUGACUCAGACUAAUGUGUGAAUUGCCAGUCCGACAGGACGACAUACAGACCGGUAAAAGACGGUCGGGACGGCUGUAUUUUGACCCCUGCAUACGAGUGGGAAGAUGCUAGCAACUGAAAGGGCCAGAAAUGUAUUAAUUCGCCUUCCAGCGGGGAGGAGGCCAUUGCAUUAUCGAUUGAGUUUAGAGGAGGGGAGGACCCUUGCCCACUUCCCACACCGUUCCUGGCGCCUUUUUAAAAAAUUGUAUUAACUCGACAAUGAUAUAUUUAUAUUUUUUCAAUCUAAAAUGAAAACGAAAUGCAAUAUCCCAAAAUGGAAAAAAUGUUUUUAAAUUAAAAAAUGGGCUGCUAAUGAGCGUUAUCGCCGUUAUAUUUCAUAGCUGACACCUGCUUUCAAGUGUCAGCUGAUUUCAAUAACUCGUACUUCAUACCGCCAUACUGUGAUCAUGUUUAAAAUCUUGCAAAGCCUUGUUUACAAUAAUAUAUUGUAGUCAUAUCGUCACUUGUUAUUAAAGUUCGUGGACGUACAGAGAUACGACACUGGCUAA